UUGAUGCGCUCUCAUAUAUUCCGCUGAAAAAUCACACAAUAUUAUCGCUGAUGAAAAAGGCGAAAGGUCGCUUGUGUUUGGUGCUGCUGGGGCUCCUCGCCGCCAUCAACGAGCUCCACGCAGAGCAAAUCGACGUCCUGUCCAAUGGAUCAAUUUGGUCUGAGGAGUUGCUGCAGCAGCAAGUCCAAGCUUUGACCACGCAAGUGGACAAAGUGGCGGACGAGUUGAAAGCUCUGAAGCAACAGCAGACGGCACCGACCAUCACCAACAACACCAUCGCCCUGACAGGAAAACUGGCUUUCAAUUCCAAAGUUUGGAAAACGGAAAAUAGGAUCGCCAAGUUGGAGAAGAAGAUGUUCACUUUUGCAAAGGAGAAAACCGAGUUCGCUCAAUUUCUCAAUCAGAAAGCGAUCAAAGUAAUCGAUUCGCUGAAGGGAAGUGGAAACGCAAGUGUCUCUAGUCAGGAGCAACUCGUAGAACGCCAAGAAAAACUUUUGAAAUUAAAUUUGUCGGUCCAAUGCUAUAUUGCAGACUCGCAUUCAGCGUUGAGUCGUCAAUUGCCCAACAGAAAGAAAUAUUUUUUCUCAUAUCCAACUCAAGUGAACUGGAGUGUGGCCGACGAAACUUGCAGGGGGAUGAACCUCCACCUGGCCACAAUCAGGAACGAAACCGACCUGAAGGUGACCUGGGCAGAAGCAAAGAAAAUGAAGAAUGGAACUUAUUGGUGGUUGUCGGCCAAGAAUUUCGGGAGUGGCAAAAAAUCCGACUUUCGUUGGCACGACGGCUCGAAGCUGCCGCGAAACAGCACUUUGUGGAGAGGCAACGAUAAAAAACAUAAGGGCUGCGUCUAUUUCUCGAGUGGCUCCACCGAAAAAUUGAACGACGGGUUGUGCAGUUUGAAUAUGUAUUUUAUUUGCGAACUUCCGAGGGAAUGUAAUUGA